CUCUCUCUCUUUCUUUCUUUCUCUCUCACUCCAAACCAAUUUCACACUUUAGCCAUGGAAAUGGAGUUCAUGCCAGAAUUCACUGAUCGUGAUCGUCGACUGCAAAUCGUUAGAGGGAAACGUACUAAACGGCCUAGGCCUUGUUCGCCGGUUGUGAGUGAGUGUGUGUCAUCAUCUGAGAUAUCAACCGAAGAAGAUGAAGACAUGGCCAAUUGUUUGAUCAUGUUAGCUCAAAGUGUUUGUAGUUUUGUGAAAGAUGAUCAAGUGGAAACCCCAAAUAAUAAAUUAGCCGACCAAAUUAUUCGUCAGAAAACCGACAAGUUGAGUAGUAAGAGUAAAUCAGAAAUGACAACCAAAAUUGCUACUACUAGUUCAUCAUCAAGUGGUGGAAUAAUUACAAAAGCAGCCGGUUUGUAUGUUUACGAAUGUAAAACAUGUAACCGAACUUUUCCUUCAUUCCAAGCUUUGGGUGGUCAUAGAGCAAGCCAUAAGAAGCCGAAACUUAACGUGGAAGAGAAGAAAUCUAUUUCCGUUAAUAAAGUUGUUACCGAAGAUGAAGACGAAGAAAUUAGCAAAGCGAGUUUGAUCAUCAACAAUAAUAACAACGUAGAGAAAGAGAAAUCUCUUUCACCACCUCCAGAUUUCAUCCGGGCAGGUGGAAGCGUUAUUGUUAAUAAUAAUAUUAACAAUAAAGCAAAAGUUCAUGAAUGUUCAAUUUGCGGAUCAGAAUUCUCAUCGGGCCAAGCUCUAGGCGGGCACAUGAGAAAACAUCGCCCAAUUCUACCUUCAAUAAACCGAACUAUGAUUAAUGAAGAAAUGAUUAUCAGUGCUGAUGAAGAUCAUGAUCAUGUUACCGAAAAGUCUUCUUCUGGAGGUGGUAGUGGAAAUAAUAUGUUAUCUUUGGAUCUUAAUUUUCCUCCGCCCGAAUUGGUUGACGAUCAUGUAAUCCAAUCAAAGUCGUUUCAAUUUACGCCGAAUUCUUCAUCUACUUCACAACAACAACGAUUGAUCUUCUCUUCUCCGGCUUUAGUGGAUUGCCAUUACUGAAAGCCAAAGAAAAAAAAAAAAAGUCUAAUGCUAAUUACAUGGAGAGAAUUAAUGUGAAAUAUUACAUUUUUAAUUGUUUUUUAUUAUUUCUCAUUGACUAUUAAUUAAUCAAUACUGAUUCUUCUA